AGCCCUGAGGAGGCGGUAGUUCUGUUGUCUAGUCCUCGUUUGACCAAUAUUUCAACAUUUCUUCUUCUGGCUAGGUACUCGAGUCUGUGUGUCCGGUGGGGGUAGUGUCAGAAGAAAUUAUCGAACAGUAGUCCAGUAUAGUUUACUAUGAUGUUGAUGGACAGGUGUGGGAUUGUUCUCUGUGUGGCUUUGGUGUCCUUGGUCAUGUUGGGAUUUACUCAGGCCUGUCUGGAUCCACGAUCGGCCUAUCGCUUCAGCGGAGCUGUCUGCCGACUCACCUAUCCUGCUGCUGUAGUCUUAAACGAGAAGACUACCAAGGUGAUUGAGACAGCAUUCCAGCAUGCCAAAUACCCAAGUGUGGAGGGAGAGAAGUCUCUGCUCUUCACAGGAACAGUCAAAUACGGCCUGGAAAAUCUGGAGAUCCACAACCUGAGCAUUGGUCAGAGUUUGUUUGAGCUGCAGCCAGGGGUGGGCAUCGCCAUGGAGAUACGUAAUGUCUCUGCAGUCUUCAGGGGAACCAUCAAGUAUGGCUAUGGUAACUGGCUCAUCAAAUUGGCACAUUCAAUUGAUUUUGAGAUUGAGUCUCAGAUAGAUCUGGGAAUCAACCCCAAGCUCUACUGUGGAAAGGGGAAGGUUGCUGCGGAUACAUCAGAUUGCUUCUUGAACUUCCAUAAGCUUCGUCUGCAUCUGCAGGGAGACAGAGAACCCGGUUGGAUGAAAAGACUCUUCACAGAGUUCAUCACUUUCACUGUAAAGCUGGUCGUCAAAAGUCAGAUUUGUAAAGAGAUCAACAAUGUGGCAAACAUCUUGGCUGACUUCAUACAGGAAAGAGCAGAGAAGUUUCUUAGUUACGGUAACAUAAGUGUGGACAUAGGUGUAACCUCUGCUCCGGUUAUCACUGCAGACUACAUAGAGUCAUACCACAAGGGUCUGACCCAUUACAACAACGUGACUGCAGUGAUCAACGCGUCUGUGUUUGACCCCUCCCAUCUGUCGGAGGACCGCAUGCUCUAUUUCUGGCUCUCCGACGAGUUCCUCAACCCCGUGAUGACGGCGGCACACCAAGACGGCCUCUUGCGACUCAACAUCUCUGGCCCUGAGUUGAAGGAGCUGUUCCAGACAGAUCUUUCCUCCCCCAUGCCAGACGUUCUGAGCAAGUAUCUGGCAUCUGAGUCCCUCAUGCUCAGAGUCUGGAGUUUGUCUGAGCCCAAACUCUGUACCACUCCUCUGGGUACGACGGUCAGAGCCAAUGCGGCGAUACAACUGGCCCCUGGAGCCGAGGACACACCUGGACUGUAUUUUGAGACGGAGGUCGAGGUGAUUGUAACAGCAAGCUAUUCUGACAAGAAAUUGUCCCUGAAAGCCAUCUCAUCACAAACUUCAGUACUGAAGGCCUCACUGCUCCCAGAUGUCCUACAGCUGAAUGAGGCUCAUCUAGAAUACUUCAACGAGGCUGUCCAAAAAAUAGGCCUUCCCAAAGUCCUGUCUGUUUUAGAGCCAGUGAUCACAGGUCUUAUGGAUGAGCAGGGAACAUACCUGUUUGACAUCAUAGACCCUCAGGUCAUCCCUCAAGAUGGUUAUGUGGUGAUCCAGACGGACUUUGGCUUCCCUCACCACCUGUUGGUUGAGUUCCUCAGGAAGACUCUGGAAUAGUCCACCCAUGGAAAAAUACACUUAAAAUAUUGCUUCCUGUCUGAUGUUGAGCACUGAUCUUAACUUCCGUAUCAGACACCACAAAAGCCAUUAAUAGCCACUUCCACUCUACUUAUAGCCCCCUGGCCUCUCUGUGGUGGGCCCAAACCCAGCCUGUUGCAUUCCCUAGAGCUAGAGCACCACCCAGUGGACAUACUAGUUCACUGCUUUCAGGUUUUUAAGAUGGUGUUUUAAGUGAAAUUACUACAAGUUUAAAUGGCAGAUUGACAAUAGAUGACGGUUUACACCUGCUAUGUACAAAAAUGUAACAUAGGGUGAUGGUUUUUGUGCUAUGCGUGUACAUUGUCUGAAGGUAUUUGAGCUAGCUCUAUGUAUAUUCAUUGUGAAAUCGACUGACAUUCCUGACAGCUGUGAUGUCAAUCUUUUGUUAUUAUGUAGUUAUCUAGUUCUUUGUUUUAGAGUAAGAUUUCUGUUGAAAUAAAGAGUGUCCAUCCA